UGCCAGCUUAUUUAGAGCUUUUGGUGUGUUGUGCUUGGCUCAGGAAGGAACAACAUGUCUGGUCGUGGCAAACAAGGCGGCAAGGCGAGAGCCAAGGCCAAGUCUCGCUCUUCCCGUGCAGGGCUUCAGUUCCCGGUCGGUCGCGUCCACCGCUUGCUGCGUAAGGGGAACUACGCCGAGCGGGUGGGCGCCGGCGCUCCAGUCUACCUGGCGGCGGUGCUGGAAUAUCUCACGGCGGAAAUCCUGGAGUUGGCCGGCAACGCUGCUCGGGAUAACAAGAAGACCCGCAUUAUCCCCCGUCACCUGCAGCUGGCCAUUCGCAACGACGAAGAGCUCAACAAACUCCUGGGCAAAGUGACCAUCGCUCAAGGGGGCGUGUUACCCAAUAUCCAAGCGGUCCUCUUGCCCAAGAAGACGGAAAGCCACAAAGCGAAAGGAAAAUAGGAGUUGCUCUGAAGAAAAGGAACACUGAAUUUCAAACCCAAAGGCUCUUUUCAGAGCCACCUACAAUUUCAAGUAAGGAGCUGAGUCUCACGUAUCGAACGAGGUGUUCCCUUUCAGAUCCAAAGUAUGUCCUCGGAGCUGGCACUUCCUUAGCCCAGGGCUUGCGUAUGGUCGCGGAUCGUGCUUUAGCAAGCAGAUUUAGAAAAGCCCACCUGUUAACAGAAGGCUUCAGCUCUGUUACAUUCCAAACACCCAGCGCUUAACUAUUAGAAGCAUGAGGAUAGGGGGGUAAUCUCAACAAAUCGCAGGCGGGAUUAUUCAAACUCGGCCGCUUUCCUUCGGGGAGAACCUCUUUUAAUCUAAAAUUCUGAUCCAUAACUUGCCAAAGGGCAUUUAACCGUAGAAUCCCUUCAGUAUUAAUUUUUAAAAACAAGUUGGUGAUCAGAAAGGUGUGUAUAAAAUCUUUCAAACCUAAAAGAGUGAUCUCAAUGGCUUCAUAAUAGUAAUUUUACACUUGGAAAAAGCAAACCUGGGGUGCCCCAAUUCUAGGAGAGCCCCGAUCGACCCGUGUGGAACUUUCAUGGGCACGUCCAUGCAGAUUUGGGGAACAACGUGGAAGUACUUGCUUUCUUUCCAGUCUCUACUUUUGGCCUUUUCUAGUAGCCGAUCUUGGUUGAUUUUAGAGAUCAGGUAAAGUAUAGUAUGCCAGUGGAUCAUAAUGAAAAACUAUAUAACAAGAUCGUGACUAAUUAACUAACAAAUUAUUCUACGUAACAAGUGCUUAAAAUGAGUGAAAAAUGAAACGAAAAAUAUAAUGGAAUACACUUGGAAUAAACUCUUGCAAUACAAGUUUAUAUGCUCUCCCAUUGUUUAGGCAACAUAGAAAUGCACAUUGGUCUUAAUGGUGACAUACGUUUAUUAAAUAUCUUUGUAAUAAACUCAAUACACAAAAAAAUAGAAUUUGUAGUACUCUUCCCUUCUCGUUUUUCCCUACAACUACCCUGCGAGGUAGGCUGGACUGAGCCAAAUCACUCAUAAAUUUCUAUGGCUGAGGGAUUAGUUCCGGGGUCUCAUUGGUGCCACACGCUGGUUAUUAUCCACAACUGCUAAACAUUUUCACCAAUUCAAAAUUAGAGCAACACUUUUGCAAAUUAUAUUCAUCCGCGCUAAGUAGAUGAAUGUACAAAAAAUACCUUGGAGCUUUUUAAAUCUGGGUUGCAAAAAUAUGGAUAACUGGCUUACAGAGAGACCUAAAAAAACAAAACCCUCCAACUCCUUGUUGCCAUCUAUAGGCGGUCCGGAUUUUUGCAGCUCAGAAAGGGGCCCUUGAUCUGUAAGAUUAUUUGUGAAGACACUAUUACCCAGAGCUUAAAAGAAUUUGACU